CUGGUCACGGCCACCGCUUUCGCAGUUCAGGCUUUUCAACCUCGUCCCCAACCCUCCUCCCAGUGCCCGUUCGACUGGAUUGGCCACAGAGGGAAGUGUUACUAUUUCUCGGAGGCUGAGAGGAGCUGGAGGUCCAGCCAGGACAACUGCUCGGCGCUUGGUGCCUCCUUGGCCACGCUCGACGGCGUGGAAGACUUGAGCUUCGUGAUGAGAUACGGAGGGACCUCGGAGCAUUGGCUCGGCCUCUGGCGGGAAGACGAGGAGCGGCCGUGGAAGUGGGUGGACCACUCACGUUUAUCCCCGCUGUUUCGGGUCGGUGGAAGUGGCCUCUGUGCCUACCUGGGCGACGCCGGGCUCAGCUCCUCCCGCUGCGGCGCGGCGCGGCGCUGGGUCUGUAACCAGCCCGAGCCGCGGCGCCCCGGCAACGGCAACGGCACGAGACGGGCUCCAAACCUUUGUGCCAGCUCCUGA